AUGGGUUUUAUGUUGGACCAAACAGGUGGGCAUACCGGCCUUAACUUUAACAAAAAAGAUUUGUUCAAUCAUAUUGAGCGUAGUAAGCGUUUUAAGAUCAAAGAUGGAGAUGUAGUGGUUGCUUUAAGUUAUCUUCAAGGCAAGGCAGAUAAUGAUCCACUAUUUUUUUCAAGUACAUAUAAGAAGAAUAAGUAUAACAAGCCAUUGGUGAUUUUUUCUGGUAAAAACCACCAUGCUCAAACUGUUAUAUUUGGUUGUGCUAUUGUUUCUGAUGAAAGUAUCGAGGCAUAUAGGUGGGUGUUGGAAUCCUUUCUGAAUGCAAUGUCAAAUAAGCAACCAAAAGCUGUAGUAACUGAUGGAGAUGGUGCAAUGAGAGAGGCAAUUAAGCAGGAAAAUUUUACAUCCUCUGAUGAUGAUACUAACAAAGAAGAUGGUAGUAGCGCUCUAGUGAAGAAUAAACGAAUGGAUGAUGAUUUAAGUAUACACUACUAG